AUGCCGGAAAAACCCGCAACGAUAGCAGCUUAUGCUGCGGGGGCCUCCCUCGCGGCGAUUACCCUCUUCUACGUUUUCGGGCCGAAUUUCACGAUUGAUGGCGACGAGUCGACGAUUAGUAGCAGAAAAAAGGGCAUUGUCGGGCUGUCCAAUCCCGCGAAUGACUGCUUCAUCAACUCCGUCCUCCAGGCGCUUGCGGGCUUGGGAGAGUUACGAGUAUACUUGAUAAGGGAGUUACAUCGAAGGGACCUCGAAGGGAAGGAAAUAUAUGAGAGCUUGCCCGAUGAUGAAGAUGUGCCCAGAGGGCGGACGCCGGAGAGCGUCAGGCAGAUGCAGCUGGCGCCCGUAACGAGGGCGCUUAAAGAGAUGUUGGACAAGCUGAAUGAAAGGCCGAUCUAUCGCAAAACUAUCUCCGCCCGCGGAUUUAUACAGGCGUUGGAAUUCGCGUUUCGAACACGGAUUAGUCGGAGCCAACAAGAUGCGCACGAGUUUUUGCAGGUUGUAGCCGAACGACUGUGCGACGAGUAUCACGCCGGGGUAAAAGCUCGAAAAAGAGGUGGUGCACUUCUUGGUGUGCCUCCGCUGGUGGAUGGGUCAUCGAAAUCGGUUGAAUUAGAUGCAGAGAAGCUGCACAUGUCUCUGCCCAACGGUAUGGACGUUGAUUCUGCAGAUUCGUUGAUGGCCGGCACCCCACUGAAAGAAGCAGUCAAGCAGGACGUUGGGUUUCCUCUAGAAGGAAUGCUUGAGUCGCAGGUGGAAUGCCAAUUCUGUCAUUAUAAAUACAAACCGAACCAAACCUCCUUUGUCAACGUUACGUUGCAAGUGCCCCAGAAGAGCACCACCACUCUUAGUGCGUGCUUUGAUGGGCUUCUAAAGACCGAGUACAUUGAUGAUUUUCGAUGCGACAAAUGCCAGUUAAUAUAUACGCUUGAUCUGAAAACGAUGGCGCUGCAGAAUGCAACUUCUCGACGAGAAAUGAAAGCAAUAGAAGACGAGAUAUCGCUCCUCAAACAUGCAAUUGACGAGGACCCGGAGGUACCGUUAGAAGGAGUUGUGAUGCCUGAUGCUAAGAGUAUACCACGACGGAAGAUAGCACGGCAUAUGAGGGUCACUAAGUUUCCAAGAGUCCUUGCUAUUCAUUUAUCGAGGUCUAUAUUUGACCAGAGUUCGUCGACGAAAAACGCGGCCAAGGUUUCGUUUCCGGAACGCCUGCCACUGGGCGGGAUUCUUAACCAAAACUGGUACAGAUUGUUAGGAAUUGUCUGCCACAAAGGGAGCCAUCAUAGUGGACACUAUGAAUCUUUCCGACGGAACCACGUCUAUGCACCUUUUUCGACGCCGGAUGCCUUUAGGUCCUAUGCUCAAAGCCGAGCUGCGAGUGAAAACCCCUCAGCCAUGCCCAGUCCAAGAAUCCACACUCUCCAUAAGGCGUCCGAUGCGGACUUAAGUCAUCUCAAUAUCUCCGACUCAUCUUCAGCUUCCGUCUCCAGUUCUUCUUUACCAGUGCCAUCGCCAUCCCUGAACCAAAGGAGGCCACUUACACCAACCUCCACGGACCGACCACCCUCUGUCUCUUCGAAUAACAGGAUACCACCUAGAUCAUUGCCAGCGCCCGUACCCUCAACCAGACUCGAAACGAGCUCUAAGGGACAGAACCACAAGUCAGGGUACGGCGACCCGUCGUUAUUCCGACGAAAAAAGCGCCAGCAGGAACGUUGGUGGCGGAUCAGCGAUGAAAAGGUAAAGGAGUGCAAAAUAAGUGACGUUUUAGGGAUGCAGCGAGAAGUAUACCUAUUAUUCUAUGAAAUGGAACGACCUGGCGAGGAACCAUCCGUGGCAUGA